AUGGCUGCACCGGGCGCAGAGCAGACGAUCCAUCGGGAUCCAGCACUUUUCUACUGGAUCCUGUUGCCCAUCACAAUCGUUAUGAUCCUGACCGGCGUCCUACGACACUACGCCACAGUGCUCCUGCACACCCCUCCCAAACCAGCAUCCAAUCUCCUCGAAUCGCGCGAACGCCAGGCCAUCCUCCGGGGCAUCAAUCUACGAAACAACGCCAACGCCGCGCUUACUACAUCCUCCUUCAAUGCUCGCAAAGAAUACCUCAUCGACUCCUACAAGAAGGGCACAUUCCUAAAAGGCGGCCCAGAAUCUCGCGGCCAAGCAGCAGCAAAUCCCAUGUCCGACCCCGCGGCGAUGGAAGGCAUGAUGGGCAUGAUGAAGGGCAACAUGGCGAUGAUGAUCCCACAAACCCUGAUCAUGUCGUGGAUCAAUGCCUUUUUCGCGGGUUUCGUCAUCCUCAAGUUACCAUUCCCGCUGACCGUACGGUUCAAGUCGAUGUUACAGGCUGGCGUAUUGACGCGGGACUUGGACGUCAGAUGGGUCAGCAGUCUGUCGUGGUAUUUCUUGUGUCUAUUCGGGUUGCAGAGUGUGUUCAUUUUCAUUCUGGGCAAUGAGAAUGCUGCGAGCCAGAUGGCGCAGCAGAUGGCGCAGAUGAAUCCGGGGGCUAAUGCGAAUCCGUUUGGGCCAGGGCAAGAUCCGGAUAAGAUGUUCCAGGCUGAGGCGGAGAAUUUAGAGGUCCAGGAACAUUGGAGUGUGCUGGAUGAGGCGGAUGAGAGAUUGUUGCAGAUUUACGUCAACUAG